AUGCAUUUGAGUAUAGUGCAUUUUGAGUAUAGCAUAGGGGUCGAUCCGCGAGCUUGGCGGUUUCUGCCUGAGGCCGCCCGUCCGGCAGAACUUCGCUCGCGCAGCCCGAAGUUGCUUCCUCCUCCCCCACCAAAUCGUCCUCCCACCUUCGCCCACCUCACCUUCCUCCCAUCGGCCAAAGGAUCCAUGUCUUUCUUUGGAUUCGAUACCAACCUUCCGAGGGACCGCCAAGGCGGUCCCGCGGCCUCGCGGGGUUUCUUCGAGAACCCCGAUCCCUUCGCGGAGGUUGCCCGUGCGAGUGCGCUCGAGGAUGACGAUGCGAUCGAUUUCGAAGACACAUACGAUGGUCUCGGUGACCAGCUUGAUGACGACCAGGAUGCCUUCAACGACGACACCUUCGGCGGCGGCGGCGGCGGUACUGAUACGGGACCCGUGGGCAAGGAUUUCGAUUUCUUCGGCAAGACGGCGACCGUCGCCGAUGCAAUUGGCGAAGAGCAGAUUCGCUAUAGCUUGCAGCACCCCCAGGCGGCGCCCGCUGCUGGCCAGUCUGCCCAGCCCGCAGCGGCUCCGGCAGCGACGGCGACCACGAAGCGAAGCGGUUACGAGAAAUACUCCGAUCCCGGAUUUAUCCCCGACCUGCAGGCUAAGUCGAGCGUUUGGGGUAUCUCGCAGAAGAAGCCCGAGCCGAUCCCGACCCAGGCUCAGGCUCGAAAGAUGAUGAGUCUGGAGGAGGUGGAGGCGCAGAUGCGUAACCAAGGCUACCAAUCUUCGCCAGUGCCGCAAUCAAUUUCCCAGCACAUGGCCGAGCCGUCGUAUAUGCGCCACCACCAGGACAUCACCCUUCCCGAUGGCUUCCCUACAAUUCCCCCGGAGGUCUUGCGGGCACAGCUCGAGCGAGGUGGCCCACCACCCGGCAUGCCUCACCCCCCGCCGGGGAUGCCAGAGCUCCAUGCUGGUCCCCCUCCCGGUAUUCAGGGGAUGCCGCCGCAUCUCAUGAUGCAGGGUAACCUGCCUCCUCAGAAUCUCCCUCAAGGUCCGCGCCAUGCCGGCCCGCCCCCCAACCAACGCCCGCAGCAAAUCCCCCCGCCGACAACAAGAGGACCCAAUGGUGGACUGCCAGUGAUCACAGACCCGCAGCAGCUUGUGCAUCUGACCGAGGAGCAACGCAAUGCCUAUCUCGUCGAAGACGCCAAGCGGGCAAAGCGUAACCACAAGAUCUUUCUGCUCUCGCGCGGCAAUGGCUUGAUGACGCCUCAGGACAAGAAUUUCAUCACGCGCAUCCAGCUGCAGCAACUAGUUGCGGCUGCUGGCAAUGUCGCGGACUCGGAUCCGGAGGCUGUUCUGGCCGAAGACUUCUACUAUCAGGUCUAUAGCCAGAUUCGGGGAGCGCCUCGUCAGCACCCCCACCAGCCUCUCGGCCACUUUGCUCAGACCUACUUGCUUCAGACUGGCAACCGGGUCGGUGGUCAUGGUAACCGCCGAGCUUUCCAGAGCGCCGACAACCACAUGCAGCGCAUGCAGCAGCAAGUCCAGCGCGCCGUCGAGGCAGCCAAGGCGAAGCCGAAGAACAAGCAGCUGAUCAUCGAGGGCAGCCUGGGCAAGAUUUCCUUCAGCAAUGCCAAAGCCCCCAAGCCGAUGCUUAACAUCAAGCGGCCCGAUAGCUCCGAGGGGCCCCGGCCGAAGAAGCUACAGUCCGACCUCAGUCUGAGUGAUCGCAAGUCGAUUCUGACCAAUAUCGAAAGGGUCUACAGUGCCCUCAUGUCCAUGGAAGAUAUGGAGCGUACUAUGCCACCUCCGCCCGAAGAGGGCGAUGCCGAGGCGAUCCAGGAGCACAUGGAAUGGCGCCAGAAGGUCCACGCCCUCAACCAGAAGCUCUGGCACUCGCUGAAGGUGAUGGAGCCCAUCGUGCCCAACUCCACGACCCCGCAUCCGUUUAUCGCCUUCCUGUCCUACCCCAAGGGUAAGAAGGCCAUCCCUCGCAUUUUCCGCCACAUCGAUCAGGAGCAGCGCGUGACCAUCCUGACAAUGAUUGUUGUCCACCUGGACAGCUUGGAUGUCGUGCGUCUGGCCCAGCCCGUCCCCGGGGAGGCUCAAUUCUCCGUAGCCAUGCGUGAGGCCAUUGAUUUGUUCUCGUUGGCCGUGAUGCCCAGUCUCCUGGGCUAUGUCAACGAGGCCCCGUUCAACAUCAUCAUCGGCCUUCUGGGUCUGGUCAUCGCCCAGACUCACGUGCAGACCGUGGCUCGCACCAAGGUCGGACUGGGCAUUCUGACCAUGCUACUCAGUCGCGCCGAGAUUGUCAAGGAGGCUGGCCAAGCCUCUGAGCGGGACUGGCAACAGUGGGUUGAGAAGUUCAACGUGCUCUUUGACACCUUGGAGCCUGCUCUGGCCGACAUCUUCCCCGGCUCAAUUAACUCGGGUGACGACAUGUACGUCUGGCAGUUCCUUGCCGCCGUCGGUAUCGGAGCCAGCCCUGAGCAACAGCAGCGCCUGGUGAUUGCCGUCAAGGACCGUGUUAUGGAGACCGUUGCCUACAGCAAGACCCUGCCCGCCGAAAUGUCCAGCCAGCGUCUGGGCAAUGUCAACCUGUUCAUGCGGGCUAUUGGCCUCGACGUGGAACUUCUGGGUUAA